AACUCUUUCUUUCAAUUAGCUGCAUUCUAUAUAAAAAAUUCCUUGAAUCCAAUUUCAUUCAAACUCAUUUCCCACACUUUUUUUUCUUUCUUUUUUGCCAAUUAAAUGCCAAAUCUUAAUAAAAAGCAAAAUAUACCAGUAGCCACUCCUUUGUCCACAAAGCAAGAGACAAAGAGCGGCGGAAGUGCCGAAAAUUCCACGAGAAGUAGCGCGAAUUCGGGUCGCGGACGCCCACGCAGACUCCCUCCUCCCUCCGCCCCUUCUAUUCCUACUCCUACUCCUACCCCUGCUUCUACUUCUGCUCCUGCUCCUGCUCAUGCUUCUGCUCAUACUCCUACUCGAGGCGCAAUGGAAGCAGUUGGCAGGAGACUGACUGCUGGCACAUAUUCAAAUUCAAAUUCAAACACAAUGCCGUCGCGCAAUCGUCUGCCGAGGAGCAAACAGAAGGCAGCAUCAUCGGCGUCCGCUUCGACUGUGACAACACCCACGGUUGUUCCGCGCAUUCUGGCCAGGCCAACAACAGCAGCUCAAAGCCAGAGCAAGAGCCAGACCCAGACCCAGAGUAAGAACCGGUCCGAACCGCCUGCUUCCGCCCCCACUUCUAACACCUCCCACCGCGCCUCCAAUUUGUCUUUGAUGACGGAGUCGCCGCGGCUGAUGCGGAGAGACACCGAGCCAACCAGGGAGCCGCCUAUGGAACCACCGACCCAGCGCCGUCACGUGUCGACAACACCUGCAGCUGCUGCCGCUGCCGCGACGCCCGCCACAACAUCGCCGGCAGCAACUAAGCAGCAGACGCUCGACAUUAUCUCUUCAUUCAAGCACAUCCAGGACCAACCAAGGCCCAGCAGACUGACCCUCCUGGCGUCUUCAGGGAAACUCCUAGACACAGUGCUGCGGCGCAACCUCAGCACAUUGCAGACCCGCACAUGCAUCGGAGCCAUUGGCCGCACCAACUCGGGCAAGUCAACGGUCAUGUCGGAGCUCUCCGGGAACAAUAUUUUUCCUGCCAACGGAAUGACCCAGUGUGUCGAUUUUUGGGUGACGCCGGCGCGUGUUUUGCUUUUGGACUCGCCACCGGUUUUAGCGCUGGCGGCUGCGGAUAAGUGGCCGCGCAGGGACGGAUCAAUGUCGCGGCUGGCGACCGCGCGGCUACGCGACCUCCAGGUGUGCGCAUUAAUGCUGAAUGUCUGCGAUACGCUGGUGGUGGUUGUCAAGGCGCCGGCUGGCGCAGGGAAGGCGCAGCAACAGCAGCCAGAGAGGCAACGGCAGGUGGAUGAGCGGUGCUUGGAUCGCUCGUUGGUGAAGUUGAUUAGGAACGCGAGGGAUUUGGCUGCGACCAUUCCUGGACUAAGCUCAGCGGCGACCCUGAAUUCCCGGCAGGUGUCGCUGCAUAUUGUGGUCAAUGGACAUGCCAAGGUUGCCUCCAAGACUGUUGCUGAUGCGUAUGCGAUAGGAACGGGUGUUGCUGUGUCUCGCGUUACGUUUUUGCCAACAAAGUCUGUGCUGAAACAGCAGCAGCAGCAGCAGCCGGGGCUGUUUGCUGAUAUUGCUGGCCGGUGGGCACAGAAGCCACAGUCUCCGCUGCUGCCGCUUUACCCGAUUCCUGGUGGCGACGCUGCUGCGAUAUCCUCCCUGGUGUCUUCUUGGGACUCUCUUCUGGGCACAUCGUUGCCCUUGAUGUCUUUUGAAAUGGCUGCGGAGGAGCUGAGGACAGAUUUGAUGGUGCGGAAUAAACGAAACGAGAUAGUUUGGCGGAGGGAGGAACCGGAGGGUGCGUGGAUGGCUGGGUGUUUGAAAGCCUGGGAUUUUAUUCGAAGAGCAGAUGUAUUGUUUAGAGCUGCAUUGGUGAGAGACGAGGAUUUGGAUUCAAUGGAUUUAUGACGUUAAAAAAAUGAAACGAAAAAAUGAAAAUGAAAAAUUGUUAAAUAGUAGCCCGAAGUCAAGUCUUCCUUUAUUUCUUUUGAUUGACAGGGCCUCCUUUUUUAUUAUUAUUUCUGGGCUUGAGGAAUUGGAUAUGU